UUGCUGUUAGUCAUUUCUGACCCCAUUUGUGCAGAAGAUGUAAUUAGUCGUACUUCAACAGUCCCCGUGCUUUGUAGGUUUUAUAUCCUGUUUCAGGCAUUGAUUGAGCUUUUAGACCAAGUAGAAGAUGUUAUCUCGGUUGAACCAAAAUCUAAGGAGAAAGUUGCCCAUAGUCAUGAUGAACCAGCUAAGCCAGCUUCCAUUGUGCUAGAAGAUGUAAUUUCUGUUAUACCAAAAUAUGAGGAGAAAGUUGCAUCCCAUAGUCAUGAAGAGUCAGCUAGGCCAGCUGCCAUUGUGCUAGAAGAUGUCAUUAAUGUUGAACCAAACUGUGAGGAGAAAGUUGCAUCCCAUAGUCAUGAUGAACCAGCUAAGCCAGCUGCCAUUUUGCAGAAAUCGGCAGAAAUUUUUUGUGCACGUGACCAAAGGAAAGAGUCAACUAUCUAUUUUCUUGUAUUGGAGGUUUCUGAGAAGCAUGGACAAGUUGAAACAUCUGGACAGCAGUACUCCUUCAAGGUUUUGCGCAUACUGAAUGAACAAAGUGGAGAAGAGCGGGUUUUGCAAUUGAGGGAUGAGUGGUGCUAUAGUGUUGUUGCACCAGGAGAUACUAUUCAUGUCAUUGGUGAGUUUGACAGCGAAGGAAAAUGUGAAAUAAACCGUGAGAAGAAUUUUCUCAUUGUUCAUCCAGAUAUUUUAGUCUCUGGAACAAGGGUUGCUUCCAGUUUCAGUUGCUCAAGGCGAGCUGUGCUGGAUGAGAGGUUAAAAUCUGGCGAGUAUUCAGCUGCAGCAUUGAUUGGCACAUUAUUGCAUCAGAUGUUUCAGGCUGGUCUGAUCAGAGAGUCUCCUACACAAGAAUUCUUGGAGGAUUCUGCAAGGAUAGUGCUCCAGAAAAGUCUUGAGAGCCUAUAUGCAUGUGGAGUUGAUGAAAAUGAUACUCACAAGACAUUGAUUGAGGCAAUUCCAAAAUUGCUGAAUUGGAUACGUUCCUUCCAAUAUUCAGAGGUUUCAGAAGGCCCAAGUAUUGAUUUUGGAAGUGAAGAUGGAGUUAAGAAGAUUAAAGUAUCUGAAGUACUUGAUAUUGAAGAAAUGGCAUGGGCCCCAAAAUAUGGGUUGAAAGGCAUGAUUGAUGCAUCCUUGCGAGUAAAUGUAAAAUUCAACACCAGUAAAUAUAAUGAGAUGAUUAUGCCUCUCGAAUUUAAAACUGGGAAGGCAACAAAUGGACAGACAUCUAUGGAACAUAAUGCUCAAGUGAUGCUGUAUACCCUUCUUAUGUCAGAAAGAUACUCGCAGCAUAUUGGACAUGGUCUCCUGUAUUAUCUGCAUACAGAUCAGACGCAGGGAAUAACUGUUCGAAGAUCUGACUUGGUUGGCCUAAUAAUGCGCCGUAAUGAACUUGCAAAUGAUCUUCUCAAGACCACUAUAACUCAACAACUGCCACCAAUGUUACAGAGUCCAAAUAUGUGCAGAGCCUGUCGACACCUCAAUGUCUGUACCAUUUAUCAUAAGGCAUACGUUGGCACCACAGAAGGUAGUGGUUUGGGUGGUGUGUUUGAUUCACUUGUUAGCCAUCUGACAAAUGCACAUACUAAUUUUCUUCAAAAAUGGGAUCAGUUGAUUGACUUGGAGGCUAAAGAAGUUGAGAUAUUGAGCACUGAACCUGGUGGUAUACUAAUAGCUACUGGAGUUAUUGUAGAUAUGAGUUGCUCUCGCAUCUCGGUAUCUCUUUCCAAACGCUUAAGGCUUCCAGGUAGCAGCCGGACUUCACAGGCACAAGAUCUUCAUCAGCAGUUGUGGCGAAUUCAUAAAGAUGAGCUUAUGGGUUCAUUUGCAAUUAUGAGAUUCAACCUCAUACAACUAUUUCUGCAAAAUGAGCAGAGUUCUCAUCUGAGGAAGAUGACAGUUGAUCUGGAGGUGCCUAGGUUUGAUAGUGGAUGUCAAUUUAGUCAAGACCCCGCCAUCCCAUACAUUUGGUCGGAGAAAAACUUGAAUGACGAUCAGCGCCGAGCCAUACUUAAGAUACUUACGGCAAAGGAUUAUGUGCUGAUACUAGGAAUGCCAGGGACAGGCAAAACAUCCACUAUGGUCUAUGCUGUGAAGGCGCUGUUGAUGAGAGGUUCAUCCAUUUUGCUUACCUCCUAUACAAACUCAGCUGUUGAUAAUCUGCUUCUCAAACUGAAGGCUCAG